GUUCACGUUCUAUACAGUCUGUAUUAUCAUAUGCAGGUGACAGCAGCAGCAGCAGCAGCAGCAGCAGCAGCAGCUGCAGCAGCAGCAACAGCACAAGUAGACAAAAUAGCUUAGAGGUCUUGCUGCUGCAGCUAAGGCAGCAAUCAGCAGAAGCAACACCAGGGGCAGGUAUAGAUGCAUUAUCUGCUGCUCUUUCUUCUCGUCUACUUGCUGCUGAUGAUAAGGAGGAGACACAAGGAGACAGCAGCAUGUGGUUGCAGCAACUGCAGCAGCAGGAUACUGCUGCAGCAGCAGCAGCAGCAUCACCCUCCUCUUUCUUAAGAAGAAUGCCCUCUGAUGAUAUUAUUUCCUCAGAGGCUGUGCUGCAGCAGCUGCAGCGCCAGCUAACUGACCAUCACCAGCAGCAGCAGCAACAACAGCAGCAGCAGCAGCAUGAUGAUGAAUUGCAUCAGCAGCAACUUCGCUUGCUAGAAAAGGCGGGACUUAAUGCCGACUGCAGCAACAGCAACAGCAGCAGCAGCAGCAGCAGCAGCAGUGGUGUCUCGCCUAUAUUUGUUGGGUUGCAGGCGGAGGAAGCUGCUAAGCAGCAGCAUCAUCAGCAGCAGCAGCACGAACUGCAGCAGCAUUUGCAGCAACAGCAGCAUGAACUGCAGCAGCAGCUGCAGCAGCACGAAUUACAGCAUCAUUUGCUGCUGGCCAACCAAGCCAGCAGCAACGCAGCAGCAGCAGGCUGCAGGGACGAUACUUUAGAGUUCCAGCCUGCUGCUGCUGCUGCAGCUGCUGCAGCAGCAGCAGCAGCAUUAUCUGGACAGCCGCUAACUAGCCUGCUAGAUCUGCGUCACAGCAGCAACAGUAGGCAGCUUUCCCCUCAACCGCAGCAGCAGCAAACGCUGCAUCAGCUGCAGCAGCAGCAGCAGUUGCUGCAGCAGCAGCAACAACAACGUAUAAUGUUGCCACCAUGUUCAGGCCGAUCAACAAGUUUGUCUGGUAGUGGUGGCAUUGGUGGUGGUUCAACAGCAGCAGCAGCAGCAGCAGCAGCAGCAGCAGCAGCAGCAGGAGUAGUAGGAGGAUCUAUGAGUCCAUACUGCCGCAGCGGCAGCAGCGGCAGCAGCGGCAGCAUGGGCAUAGUAUGUAUGUCUCCUACAGCAUCGGAUGUAUCAUUACGUAGCAGUGGUGGCUGUUGCAGCAGCAGUAGCAGCAGCAGCAGCAGCAGCAGCAGCAGCAGCAGUAUAAAUGGUGGUAUAAGUUGUUCAUACAGUUCCUCGCCUGCAGCAGGAAGCAGUGUAGUAGGAAGUACAACAACAACAACGAGUACCCCAAUGAGCAGCAGCAGCACAACAAGUAGUAGUAGCAGCACAACAACAACAACAACAAGUAGUAGUAGUAGUAGUGGUAGUAGUAGCAGCAGCAGCAGCAGCAGCAGCAGUGCAGCAGCAGCAGCAGCAGUAGCCUAUUUACCUCUUAUAGAUGAUAUUCUUAUACAAGUUGAGGAGAAGCAGCUGCCUCUCCCUGCAAAAGUGCCGGGCGUCUGCUUCAAUCCAUCAGACAAUACAUGGAGUGCCCAGUGGACUCUGCCUACUACAGAGAGCAGCAGCAGCAGCAGCAGCAGCAGCAGCAGCAACAGCAGCAAUAAUAAUAAUAAUAAUAAUAAUAUUAAUAGGGCCUAUAGUAACUAUAUUAUUGCUGCAGCAGCACCAUUAGCAGCAGCAGCAGCAACAGCAGCAGAAGGAUUGCUGCAGCAAGCUACUGCAGCAUAA